AUGCCUGCUGUGGUUCAGAAACUGAAGAUGUUUAACCUUUAUUGGUAUAGAGGCUGUCGGGGAGGCAGCUGGCGACGUGAACUGGGAGUGGACAUGGGUAAGAUAUCUUCUGGUGAAAGCCGUGAUGAGAAAUCUAUUCCGGUUAUUUUUAGUAUUCGAGGAGAUGUGAGCUCAUCUAUCAGGGCCAGGGAUAAAAAGAACCUUGUCCCAAUUCCUAAACGGAAGCAGAACACCAUCUUGCAAACUGUUUCUGAAUUUGCAGUACCAAAGUUUUUAUUUACAAAUAUAUGCAGUCUGGCCAAAACCAGGAACAGAGUUUGA